GCUUGAGCCGCGUUGUCUGGGGAAAAUGUAAUGACAAAGGCAGAAAUUCUUUUUCUUCACAAAAUUUAUUGUGAUGGUAACUGAUAGGGCUGCCAUAGGAUUGACGAAGAUUGCAGAGAAUUUGACAAAAUAGACGGGUAUUCCCUGAAGACAUGUGACUGAGGAUGACUGUGCUGAAUUUUUGUUCCUCUUUCCCCAAAACAAAGUUUUAUUUCAUCAGAUACUGAGCAAAACAAGUAACUAUGUUUGGACUUCUUUUUUUCAUUUUAUUCACCCCUGGAGUCAGUGAAUUUCUUUGUAUGUCACCAGAUCUAGAAAUGUCGUAUACUUUUUGUGAUUCUACAGCUCAUGCUUUCAUGUUUAAUCUGACACCUUGCAGCAUGAUGGACAAAUCUGUCUGGAAGGCUGCUCUUACCUGGAUUCCAAGAAGUGACGUCACCUUUUUGAAAGUCGUCUUCAACGUCUGGUACAACGGUGCCAGAGCGUUACACUGGAAAGAACGCCUCUGCAGCGGAAUCGACGACGAAUACUCAGUGUGUGGAAAGCUGAAAGGAGAAACAGUUGCAACAAAUUUUGACAUUAAAGGUGCAAGAAUGAAGUUUCCAAAGGGCAAUUAUGACAUUAUUUUACAAGGAUUCUCUGAUGAUUCUGAGAAUAAUAUGGUCAUAUGCUUGAAUUUCACCAUGAUAGUAAAAUAAUACACUUCCUGAAUGUGGCAAACAUUUCAAAUAAUUCCAGAAUAUGGAGAUCGCUUCUGCAAGCAACUGGAAUCCAAGCUGCGAAACAAUAAACAUACUAACGUUUGUGAGGAAGAAUACGCCACGUACUCUCUGGAAAGCUACACGAUGGAUAGUCUUAUCCAUUUAUAGCACUGCUGUAAUCAGAUGCUCAGCCAAUGUGCACAAAAUCUCUGGGAAUCAGGCAUCCUGUUUAAUCCACAGAAUAACCCUAGCUGGAUAUCAGGCUGAGGACUGCAUUUUGGUGCUGCAGUUUGGAUUAUGAAAGGGUUGAGUCCUUCAGGCUGUGCUGAACUAAUACAACAAGUUUUAAGUGCAAGAAUCAGAAGUUCUCCAGUACUCAAAAUAUAACAGCAUUUGAA